AAAGUAUUAAGUGUAAAACAGACAGAAAGCAAUGCGUUUGAAAAUGGAUUUAAAGCUGUUUAUAAGCACAAUUUUCAUCCUAUUUUUAAUAUGUGGUCUCACAAUGGCAGAUAAAGCUACUAUGGAAAGAAUAAGGAAACAUCAAGAAUGGCUAAAACAGCGCAAUCAGGCACGCAAUAAUUUAUUGUCUACAGCGAAACCUAAGAAAUCUAUAGAAUUAUUAAAUUUAUGGAGAUUUAAUAAAAAUGAAAAUACUAGCAUUAAUGAUGUCUAUCCAGAAAAUGAUAAUAUUUUAACAAAAUCGGCAACCACCACAACAACUACAACGUCUACUACGACAACAGCAGCCAGCACAACAACCACAACGCCUAAGCCAACCACAAUUAAAACUACACUUCCUACUACAACAUCUACCACCAGCACCACCACCACGACCACCACUACACAAAAACCCUUUACUACUUCGACUACGACUUUAAAACCAUCUGUAGCACCUUUUUAUAAUUCAAUACCCAGAUUUGACUCAAAUUUCCAUUUAAAAUCAUCUACCACCAACGAUUGGUUGAGCAAUGAUAUUUUGGAAACCACUACACCUUUCCCAACCACAACAUCAACGUCUGUGUCUCCACCUAAAACAACGACUACAAAUGCGCCAACAACUACAACAACUCGUAAGCCAAAACCACGUACUUAUCCCCGCUGGGGCAAUUGGGGUGAAUGGAGUGAGUGUUCCCGUAGUUGUGGUGGCGGUAUUAAACACCAGCUGCGUAAAUGUAUUAAUCGAAAUUCCUCUACUGGCAAACUACAUUUGAGCAAAAAUUGCAUAGGAGUCUACAAACAUUAUCAAUUGUGUAAUGAACAGCCUUGUCCUUCUCAUCAGGAAGAUUUUAGAGCUCUACAAUGUUCGUCUUAUAAUAAUGUGGAUUUCCAGGGUCAACAAUUUAUGUGGGAGCCGUAUGUUAAAGAGGAUGCUGAGUGUGAAUUGAAUUGCAAACCUUUGGGCAUGAAAUAUUUCGCUACUUUGAAUUCAUCGGUAAUUGAUGGCACUCCCUGUGAAAAGCCCGCUGAAUAUUAUAGAUCGAAUUAUAAGGAUCGGGCCAUGUGUAUUGAUGGUAUUUGUAAGGCCAUACACGCCAGCGGUAUCAUUACCGGUCUCUCUGCCAAUAGUGGAGCUGUUAGUUGCGGUGGUUUAUUAUGUCGUCCCAUAACUGGUCUAUUUACCAGAGAUCCUCUGCCCGAUGAUGCUUACAUACAUGUGGCCACAAUACCAGCAGGAGCUUCAAAUAUUUCUAUUACCGAAUUGAAAAAUAGCAUGAAUUUGUUGGUGCUAAGUUCUGAGGAAGAUAGUUAUAUUAUCAAUGGUGACAAUUCGGUUUCAUUGAGUGGUGCUUAUGAGGCUGCUGGUGCUGUAUUCGAUUACCAUCGUUUGGAUGGUUUGCAAGAGCAUGGUGAAGGUGUUACGGAAUGGGUUACUUGUACGGGACCUAUAAGAGAUAAUGUGGAAUUGAUGAUCUUUAGCAAAACUAUGAAUCCCGGCAUUAAAUAUGAAUACUUACUACCCAUUACCUCGGACUCUGAGGAGAAUGAAGUGUCUGUAGAAAGUGAUGGUUUCCUUAAAUCGGGUGGUGAAGAAACCUCCAUUAGUGCCAGCCACAGCUCAAAACGUCGUCGUUUCAACUGGAAGGUAGUAGGUUUCAGCACCUGCUCUAAGUCUUGUGGUGGAGGUACUCAAACUCCCAUUAUAAGAUGUGUGCGAGAGAAUCCUUUACGUUACUACUCCCAAAGAAGAUGUAUGCAUUCGGAAAAGCCAGUUAUAAAUGAAAAUCUCCUAAGAUGUAAUACCCAACCCUGUCCGGCUUAUUGGCGUUUAGAUGAUUGGACUGAAUGCCGUUGUCAUCAUGGCGAGGGCUCUAAGGAACGUGAACUGAGUUGUGUACAAGAAUUGGCCUCUGGCAUUGUGAUACAUGUGGAUAAUUCAGCUUGCAUGGAGGAGAAACCAGUUGUUAAGAAAGCCUGUGAUUGUCCCAAGAAUCGUAGACGUUCUAAUCAAAGAUAUCGCUUGCAUGGCUUAAGUCCUAAUGCUUCACAUUCCAAUAUUAAACGCAAUGAAAGAGCUGGCACCUGGUUAAUGUCAGACUGGAACCAAUAUUGUUCUUCGGAUUGUGGUAGUGGUGUGGAGUAUAGAACUAUCUAUUGUGAUCGCUCUAAACCCAAUACGGAAAGAUGUGAUUUCCGUACAACCCCCGAAAUUACCAGAACCUGUGAACGUUCGGAUAAUUGUGAAACAGGAGAAUGGUUUUCAGGACCCUGGACUCCCUGUAAUGGCAAUUGCUUUAAUUUAACUAGAACCAGACAGGUAUUGUGCAUACAAAACCAAUUGAUAGUGGAUGAUGAGGAUUGUAAGCCGGAAUUGAGACCUUCAAAUGUGGAGAAAUGUUCUCAUGAAGAGGUGGAAUAUUGUGGAGCUAGAUGGCAUUAUUCAGAGUGGUCGGAGUGCACCAAAACCUGUGGUACCGGCACCCAAAGGAGAACCGUUAAAUGCUUGGAAUAUGAUGAUCAUGAAAAUGCCUUAAGAGAGUCCAAUAAAUGUCGUUAUUCCAUAAGAGAACCAAUUUAUAGAAGCUGUAAUACACACAAAUGUGAAGAGAAUCGCCAUGAUCGUGUACAAAAUGAUGGUGCCUCUAGUUCCUGUUCCGAUGAAAUUGCCAACUGCCAAUGGGCUGUCAAAGCUAAACUUUGUAGUUAUGAGUAUUAUCAACAUAAAUGCUGUUACUCCUGCAGCAUAGCAGGAUGAGAGAGUGAGAGUGACAGCAAGUAUGGCAAGAGAGGCAGAGUAUUUUGAGAGAAUUUCAUAGGAGAGUUAAUUCUGUAAUUUAAUUUCUUAAACUAAGUUUAUUUUUUAUGAAGUUUUAUUUUUUUUUAAAAUAAUUUAAUGCGAAACAAAACAAAAAAAAUCCAAUCGAAUAGUUAAAAUGUACGUUUUAUAAAAAAAAAGAAAAAUAAAUUUUGUAUUACUUAAAAUAAUAAAAUUAAGACAAUACAGAGAAAAAGAGGCACUACUAAUAAAACAAAAGAGAAAAUUUUAAAAUAAAAUAAUGAAAAAUUAUAGAAA